CAAUAUUGGACUCGCCAGCAUCAGACAUCCUGUUUAACAACACUUUUCUGCGCACAUUCUUGGGGACCAAUUACAAUGAAACCAUAAUGGAGUUUAAGAAAGAUCUUAAUCUGUUUCUUCAACCAAAUAACACCCAGUACCGUGAGGACACAUUUGACAGAUUCAUCAAUAUAACAACAGACCUGAAUGAACUGUUUGAGUGUUUUGAUUGGAACAAAACUGUGCCUUAUGACAAUGAAGAUAAGGCUAUGGAUGCUGGAAUGGCAUUGAUCGAAGAAAACAAACUCUGGGCUCUGCUUGUCUUCAUUGAUCCUGGAAAUGACACACUGAACCCCAACACUACAUAUAAAAUCAGGAUGAAUGUUGAGAGGGUGGAUAACACAGAGUUUAUCCAGGACCGACUCCAGAGACCUGGAGCCAGAAUACGGCCAGCUGUGGACCUCAAAUACAUUACCUUUGGGUUUGCCUACCUGCAGGACAUGAUGGACCACAUAAUCAUUGAGGAACACUCUGGCCGGCAGGACCUUCCAGGGGUAUUCCUUCAACAGUUUCCCUACCCAUGCUAUGUAGAAGACAGAUUUGUGAUAGCCAUAUCUCGUACGUUCCCACUUUUUAUGGUGCUGUCCUGGGUGUACACGUGUGCCAUGAUAGUCAAGUCUGUAGUCUACGAGAAAGAGCAGAGACUAAAGGAGACCAUGAGGGUGAUGGGUCUAGGCAACGGAGUCCACUGGCUCGGCUGGUUUGUGGACAGUAUUGUUCCGAUGUUGGUCACUAUAGCGAUGCUCACCACUGUACUGGUCUAUGGGAAAGUGCUGAAAAAUGCUGAUCCUACAUUAGUAUUCUCGUUUCUUACCAUCUACGGGAUAUCUGUGAUCACUCAAGCGUUUCUUAUAUCAACAUUUUUCUCAAAAGCCAACUUGUCUGCUGCCUGUGGUGGCAUCAUAUUCUUUGUGUUAUAUCUCCCGUACAGUUUCUUGGUCCGCUGGAUCCUACAGAUGAGCACCCUCACAAAGAGUUUACUGGCUCUAUCAUCCAAUGUGGCUCUGGGUCUGGGAGCUGGCUAUUUGUCCUUGUUAGAGGAGAGAGGAACCGGUGUGUCUUGGCCAGAUCUCUGGCAGAGCCCCCUCUACGGGGACACAUUCAAUCUGGGCUAUGUGAUGGUCAUGUUGGCGUUCGAUGCUGUACUGUACUUCCUCCUCACCUGGUACAUCGAGGCUGUCUUCCCAGGUGAUUUCGGCAUUCCCAAAUGCUGGUACUUCCCUGUGACAAAGUCAUAUUGGUUUGGCAUGAGAUACAACCAUGACAUCACUGACAGCAAGGACAGGCUAAUUGAAAAUGAACAAUUUACUGACACGUUGGAGAACUUCGAGACUGAACCUCAAGGUAUGAAGCGAGGAGUUACCGUCCAUAAACUGGGGAUGGUUUACAGUAACGGCAAGGUUGCCCUUAAUAAUCUCAACAUUAAUUUCUACGAGAACCAAAUUACCUCAUUCCUGGGCCACAACGGAGCUGGGAAAACAACCACCAUAUCCAUCUUGACUGGAAUGUUCCCGCCAACAAGCGGCACAGCUCUAAUUUACGGCUUGGAUAUACGCAAGCAUAUGGACUCGAUACGCAACAGUCUUGGGAUGUGUCCACAACACAAUGUUCUGUUCAAUCUGCUGACAGUUGAAGAGACUCUAUGGUUCUUUGCCCUGCUGAGAGGGAAGGACAGGGACGAGGUCAGGCCAGAGAUACGCCAGAUGAUACAAGACCUAGGGCUGCCACACAAGGCCACAUCCUUGGCUAAGGACCUGUCUGGGGGAAUGCAGCGGAAAUUGUCUGUGGCGGUGGCAUUCAUCGGAGGGUCCAAAACUGUUAUUCUGGAUGAACCAACAUCAGGUGUUGAUCCGUAUUCCAGGAGGUCAAUCUGGGACUUGCUCAUCAAGUACAAGAAAAACAGGACUGUGAUUCUGACUACUCACUACAUGGACGAGGCUGACUUGCUGGGUGACCGGAUUGCUAUCAUCGCCAAUGGUCAACUCCAGUGUUGUGGAUCCAGCGUGUUUCUUAAGUCUCACUUCGGCAGUGGCUACUACCUCACAGUCGAACUUGAAUCUCAGAUGGCUGGAGGAAGCUCAGAAAGUCAUAUUCAAGAAAUAACAGAAUUUGUCCGGAAGUCUGUACCGUCAGCCAGGUUGCUGGAGAGUGUGGGGGAAGAAUGUACAUAUCUUCUGCCUCAGGGGUGCAACCAAUUGCUUCCUAGUCUCUUCAAGAACUUGGACAUCAGUCAGGACUCUCUACAUGUCAGGUCCUAUGGUAUAUCAGACACAUCCCUUGAAGAGAUAUUUCUUCGAGUCACCGAAGACAACGAUCCAUCUCAAUUAUUUAUUUCAGGAAAAGAAUCUUUUAGCUGCAUACAAAAGUUGAGAAAGUAUUUAUUUGAGUCAUCAAAGACCAAGCCUUUAGACAAGAAGAUACCAGUGAACACUGACAAAUUUGCCGAGAAAGAAAUUGUGGUACAUAGGAAUGGUACAUCAAUGAAGUAUUUGACCAUCCCGGUGCAGGAUCAGGAACAGGAAGUGGAGAUCGUGGAGCCUCCCAGCAACAAGAACUGGAGACAAUUUCUCGCACUACACAUCAAGCGUUUCCACCACACUCGACGUAACAAAAAAGCUCUAUUUUCUGAGCUGAUCAUUCCUGCCCUGUUUGUGUGCGUUACGCUGAUAGUGACGUCUAUUCUCCCAGAACUGAGGGAGCGCCCUCCUCUCCCUCUAAACCCUUGGAUUUACCCCGCUCCCCGCUACAUGUUCUACAGCAUGGACUCGCAGGACGUGUGGGCCAGGAAGUACCAGGAUGAAAUUAGAGGUCCUUAUGGCAUCGGUGCAGUCUGUUUGCCUGAGGAAAGACAAGAGUUCUGUGUGACUCCGACUGAUCCACCUAGGCCAGUCAACAUCUCACAGUUCGGUCCUCCAUGUUCUUGUGCCUCAGGUGCCCAGAUCUGCCCAGCAGAUAGCGGAAAACCAGACCCACCUUCCUUCACUAUAGCCUCCGAUGACACUAUGUACGACAUGACUGGCUCGAACAUUUCGGAUUGGAUACUGAAAACUCAAGAUCGUUACGACAGAGCAAGGUCUGGAGGAUUUUCACUGGGAGUGGUGUCUUCAGUCCCCAACUGGAAUCUGACAGAGAUGAUACAGACAUUGGGCCAAAUAAUCAACUCCACCAUCCCCAAUCAGUUGGUGCCUGCUGUUGUCACCCAGGCCAGUCCUGCCAACUUCUCCAGCAACAACGUCAUGGUUUGGUUUUUCAACAAAGCUUGGGCUUCAUCAGUGGCAUAUAUGAAUGCGCUAAACAAUGUGGUUCUGAGGGCUUCGGUACCAACAAACACGGAAGGUCAGUUCAGUAUCAACACCAUCAACCAUCCCAUGAACUACACCAAGAAUCAGCUUGGCAUUGAAAUGAUAAGCACCAGUGGAGUGUCAUUGUUGCACGCUAUCGCAGUGCUCUUCGCUCUUAGCUUUGUGCCAGCAUCGUUCACACUUUAUCUGAUAGAGGAGAGAGUCAGCAACUCGAAGCAUCUACAGAUGGUGUCCGGUGUUAACAGGCUGAUCUACUGGCUUGAAGCCUACGCUUGGGACAUGCUGUGCUACUUGCUGGCAGCAGCUCUCUGUGUGUUUGUGUUCCUUGUCUUCAAUGAAGAGUCUUAUGUGUCAGCCACCAACUUCCCUGGCCUCAUAGCCCUGUUGGUUCUCUAUGGGUGGUCGUGUGUCGCCCUGAUGUAUCCAUUCAGCUUUUACUUUGAUGUGCCAAGUUCAGCAUUUGUCGCUCUAGCAUGUUGUAACAUGUUUGUUGGAAUUAUCACGACAAUCACAACGUUUGUGUUGAGCGUGUUUGAUGAUGAGGACCUGAAGGAGGUGGCAGAUGUGUUGCAAGUGGUGUUUCUGGUGUUUCCCCACUACUGCUUGGGCUCAGGUCUGCUCAAGCUGGCCACCAGUCACAUAGCUAAAGAGGCUCUGGCAGCUUUCGAUAUAAAUUUGAGUACCAAUAUAUUUGCUUGGGGAUUCCUUGGAAAACCUCUGCUCUGUAUGUUUGUUACUGGAGUGAUUUUCUUUCUCAUCACUCUUGGAGUGGAAUUCAACGUGUUCAAGGGACUGCUGACAAAAUUCCAAUCAAAGGUUAUCCAGUUACCUGAACCUGUUGAUGAGGAAGAUGUCCUUGCAGAGAGGUCAAGACUACACUCUGGUGACAGAGACACAGACAUCUUGGUAGUGAAGGAUCUAUCAAAGGUUUACAAGCAGAGCGGAAGUGUGAAGCCAGCUGUCAACCAGAUAUGUGUGGGAGUGCAGCAAGGUGAAUGCUUUGGGCUGUUGGGCUUGAAUGGAGCAGGGAAAACAUCAACAUUCAAGAUGUUGACGGGCGCCACCAGUAUAACGAGUGGUGAGGCCACAGUGAAGGGGUUUGAUGUUGUAAAGGAUAUCGACACUGUGCGCUCGAUGCUGGGCUACUGUCCUCAGUUCGAUGCACUAGAUCCCCUCCUAACUCCACGAGAACACCUCGAGUUUUAUGCCAGACUAAGGAAUAUUUCCAGUCACAAGCUACAGCAGACAGUGGACUGGAGCCUAAAGCACCUGGGUCUGGGUCAUUAUUCAGACCGGCUCUCUCGUACGCUCUCUGGCGGCAACAAGCGGAAACUGUCAACAGCCAUCGCGCUACUGGGCAACCCUCCAUUGGUGUUCUUGGAUGAGCCUACCAGUGGCAUGGAUCCUAAGUCGAGAAGAUUUUUGUGGAGUUGUAUUCAAGACAUAGUGAGACAAGGAAGGUCUGUCAUCCUGACUUCUCACAGCAUGGAGGAGUGUGAGGCUCUCUGUACAAGGCUCACAAUCAUGGUUAAUGGAGAGUUCAAGUGUCUAGGGAGUGUGCAGCACCUCAAGACUAAGUACGGUGGAGGCUACAGUCUGGUGGUGAGAUGCAACCCGGACCAGGAAGAGGCGACCAAACAGCUGAUCGCUGAAGAGUUAAACUCGUCUGUGCUGAUGGAGGCACACUACAACCAGCUGAGGUACCAGCUGAGUGCCAAACUGGACAUUGUGUUCUCUACAAUGGAACGGGCCAAGGAACAGGGUCUCGUACAAGACUUUUCACUCUCACAGACCACUCUAGAAGAGGUGUUCUUACGGUUUGCCAGUGAACAGUCUGAUGCAGUCAAGUCCAAACGAGGUAUAUUUAAACAUGUGAGACGUGCAGUAAUGCUCAAAUGCAAUAAGUGUUGCAGAGCAAAUCCUGAUGACAUAGACACAGACGCUGCAGUCUAACAUUAUGGAAAUCAGCGAUGUCGAGUCCCAUGACAUUUGAGAUUGCCUUCUGUCGGAUCAGUAUAGUUUAUUUAUUUUUGAUCCUGAACUACCUCAUAUUAGAAUUCGUUAUAGUUACAAAAUAUAGAGAUUUAGUUAACUCGUUAGUGGUUGGUGGAGGAUUAAUUUUACAUUUUACUAAACAAUCAAACUGUUUUAACUGAUCUGAUUUUACUGUUGAUGUACUCGUUAAGAUGUAUCUCUGGUUUUCCACAGAAAUACUCAUUAAAAUGUUUAAUAUUUUACAAGGUAAAAAAAUUUAAUAUUUAUUGUAUUUAUUUAUUAUUUUCUUUACUUCCUAGUUUAACUUUUAUUUCAAUUUUUAAUUGUUUAACUUAAACAUUUUUUUCUUUAAUGCAUAUACGUAAUUACUCGUAGAAUUUACAAUAUAUUCAUAUUUAUAAAGGCGUACCAUAUACAUUUACUCAGUCAAAUAUAUUUCCUUUUAUUUAUUUAUUCAAGUU